AGUUCCGCACACGAAACAGCAGGGGCAAAAUAGUUGUAGAACCCAAAACCCAUCGACCUCAUCGCCGGCAGCGCCAGCGGCGGGCAUCAACAGCAGGUCAGCAGCACCUAGCAGACACCAAUAAGCCACCAAGAGAUUGGAAGACUUAUCAUAAGAACAGGAUAUCAUGGCUACUAAUGAAUUAUCGUUGAAGCUCUUGAUUGACACCAAGGCUCAGAAAGUCUGCUUCGCUGAGGCUGGCAAUGACGUUGUUGAGUUCCUCUCCACCCUCUUGUGCCUCCCUGUGAGCACCAUUACCAGCUUGCUUACCAAUGAGCGAAUGGUUGGCAGCAUAGGGAAUGUUCUUAACAGUCUGCAGGAACUGGAUGCCAAGUAUGUGAUCUCAAGCAGGAGCAAGGAACGCUAUGUCAGCCCAGCCGUUGCUCCCAGUGUGCUUCAUCCUUUGCAGCAGCUUCUGGAUGCACCGCUAAAUGCCAGUGAUAGUUUUUUUACAUGUCAGGGGAAAAUGGACAGCUAUGGAAGAAAUACUGGACUUGCAUGUGGUUAUUUUUCUGCUAUAAAGGGCACCAUAUGCCCUAGUUGUUCCAAGUCAAUGAAUGUUGCACUGAGACAUGUCAAAGCCGAUGGGUUGGUGGCUGGUACGGCCACGUACACUGUCAAGGACGAUCUCUCAAUUACUCCGGCAUCUAGCGUGUCUAGUAUUGCCUUGCUUGCACAAAGUGGUGUGAAGGAUCUGAGCACGCUGCAAGAAAGGAUCGUGAAGAUUGGCAAGGAAGAGGUGUUGGAGAUUCUCGUUGCUUCCUUGAAGUCCAAGACCGUCCUGACCGAUGUCUUUCUCCAGAAGAAAAAAGUUCGAUGCAAGAAGGAAACUGCUGCUUAAUAAUGCAUGCAUGGCCACAUUUCUAUUGGGCUUCUCAUGUCUAGAUCACCACCAGUAGUUUACUCAGAAUGGUAGUUACAAGUUAAAGCUAGUGGACCGAGGACAAAUCAGCUAUAACGCCCUUCAUGCUCAAGAACUACUGCCAGUGUCAUGCUUGAUGGCCAUUUCACAUGAUACGAAGACAAAUAGAUGGAUAUAUGGCCUUAUCUUGUGUUACUUUUUUCUAGCAGUGAUUGAAUAAUUUUAGUAGGCUGUUGAUUUCUUAUGUAUACAUUUCAAUUUCAGUUGACAGAUAAUUAAUUGGAGGUGCUCGCAACUGCA